GAAACACUGACAUUUGGAAUAUACCCCAGCACAGGUGGAAAUAUGCCAUCCAUGUGUGCUGCUUAAGAUGCCCUAUGAUGAAAAGGAUUAUUCAGAUGAUUUUCAAUCAGAUGAAGAGGACACAGAAAUAGCAAGGAUUACAGGCAGACCUCCAUUGAAUACAGCUCACGCUCCCACAAAACACAAGAAAACAUCUCAGUUGGUGCCAUCAGUAUCAAGAAUGCGGCGAGGAGGGUCGCCAAGCAAGGGGCGUACAGGAAGUGCCCCGCAGAAAAAUGUACGAGAAAUGUGGUUGGACACUGUGAAGAAGAGGACAGGGGACAUGGCAUCAGGUAAAAACAAGGGACACCUGGGGAAGAGAUCCCCCAUGGAAUACUGGACUGAUACCCUCAGGAAGAGUGGAGCUGUGAAGGACAACAGUAGCAUGACGUUCCGUGACCGCCAUGUUGCAGACAGAGAUAUGGCAUACCUGAGCACUAGCCACUAUAUGAGACAGAUGGCAGGGACAGAGAAACCGCGGCCUGGAGGUGGAGACCCCACAGCCAGGGCAGCCAAGGGAACACCUGCCUAUAAAACACCUGAAGAAUAUUAUGAUGAAAUUCUCGAACUCAGAAAGCAAAUUGCAGCAAUAUCAAGUGAAAAUUCUACGCAAAAAGCCAGAGUACGCAGGCUUGAGGAAGACAACUUGAAAAAGGAAAGAGAAAUAGAAACUCUCCUGGACCCAAGUAAGAGUGAAGAAAUGCGGCGGACCCUGGGGGACAGAAAGCCUGACACUGGUGCUGUUAUCCAUAGUAUGAAACAGAAGGUGCUGAAACUGGAGCAACAACUGAGGGAUAAGGAGAGCAACCUCACGAAAUUACAAGCAGAUUUAAAAACAACCAAAGUUGAAGAGCUGCGCCUGCAAAUGGAGGCAUUCUACCAGGAGGUAGUUCGCCUGCAAAACACCAGGGCGGCGCCAGCAACACAACAGUCUAGUCAGAGUUCUAAACCUGGUAAGGAAAAUCCGUCCAAAAUCAAAGCCUUGAAUGACACUAUCCUCAGAAUGAAUGAGAAAAAUGUCAAGCUGCAGACAGAAAACCGCACCCUGAAAGAAGAUCUGGAGAAAAUGUUGGAAGAGCAGUCACAGCUAAAAGAAAAACAAGCUGAUUAUGAAGACAUGAACAAGAAACAACUAAUGAAUGCUAUUACUAAGCUUGAAAAGCGCCUUGAAAAGACCGAGGUAGAGACAGCCUCUGUCAAGUCUGAAACCUCCACUAACAACAAGGGGACAGUGAAUACCAAAGGUAAGAUUACCCUUGAAGGCAGCCUGGCAGAGAGACUGGAUCAACUGGACCAGAGAGAGACGGAACUCCUUGAGGAGCUGGAGAAACAGAGAAAUAUCAUUAAGAGGCUGAAGGAGGACAGGCAGCACUACAGACAGCAGGCAGACGACAGAGAGAAGGAAAUUAAAACACUGAGGAAGGAGAUCGAGGCUCUACAAUCCGAAGUUGGCAAGCCACGCAGUAUCGCAGGGUCUCGGCCCUCUAGUGGCAGACCUAAGAUUUCCCCUCGACUAUCAAGACGAGAUUCUGUGGAGAGUACAGCUAGCAGCAGAGCCAGAAGAGAGAAGGAGAAGGAGGAAUUGGACAGGAAAGUACAAGACUUCCAGGAGCAGAGGGCAGCCAAGAGCAUCCAGAAAGGUUGGAAAGGUUUCAAGACCAGGAAGGCUCUGGAGGAAGAAGAAGAGGCCAGGAAGAGGGAAGAAUUGAUUGAAAGCUUCAGGAAGAGUAGAGCAGCAAAAACCAUUCAAAAAGAAUGGAGAGAUCACCAUAGAAAAGUAGUAAUUGAUGAAGAAAAACGGAAAGCUCAGGUGGAAAAGUUUCGUGAGCAGCGGGCUGCGAGGAGAAUCCAGAAAGGCUGGCUUGAUUACCAGCAGAUAAAGAUAGAGAGAGAAGAUGAUGAAGCUGCUGAGACCAUCCAGUCAGCACUCCGCGGCCAUAGCAACCGAAGGAAACAGCUCCGCAGAUACAGGGAUGAGGAGGAAGAUGAAGAAAAUAUUGAGGAAGAGGUUGAUGAGGAUGAGGAGGAGACAGAGGAUGAGGAUGUCAUGCUCAUCCAGUCCACUCUCAGAGGACACAAGACAAGGAAAGAUCAGCUGAGAAACAGUGCUCUUAAACAAGAGGAGGCUGAAACAGACGAGGCUGCGUUGUUGAUUCAGUCUGCUGCACGCGGCCACUUGGCAAGGAAAUAUAAUUUACAAACAUCUCUAAGAUCUCGUCCAGGCAGCACGCGGACCUCACCAAGGUCAUCAAGACCAAGCAGCGCCAAGGCCUCUCCCCAUGUUUCCAGGCGCAGCAGUGCACAGUCGCGCAGACUCAGUAAGAUUACACUGUUUAUGUAA